AUGGAGUGCGGCAACGGCAAGAACGGUACCGGUAUCGUGGCAGUUGAGGAACAACAAGGAAAGACCGCCCUGGAGGGGGGCACAGUACCUAAGAUGCCAAGUCCGCUCGAAUUUGUAGGGAAAGCACGGCGGGAACUUGGGGCCAUUGCACAUGUGCGGGGUGUCGAACAAGCAGGUGCUGGUGACGGUGCAAAGGGAGGAAAGAAGAAAGACACGCCGGAAAGGAGCGGAGGCGGGCCGGCGUGGGGAGGGGCAAGUGCGACCCCCGGGGGAAAGCACGGAAAGCAACGACUGUGGGAGAUGGGUGGUCUUUCCCUCCGUGCCUCCCCCCAUCGUGGUUGGGGCGCAGCCGGCGAUGACGGCGAUGGCGCCGGUGGCGCGUCUUGGGAACCCCUCCAGGGCCUCCACGAGCCUGGGCAGCAUCGGUCUACAGACUACCGCCUACCUACUAGACACUAA